CCUGGGAAUAUUAUUGCCGAUGUGGUACGGGUGACGCCUAAACGUGCUUAUGGCGCCUGUACCUUUAUGUCAAUAAUCCUGAAUUUUGAUAGGCUACUUCAGCAUAGUCUCCGUAAAGACAUCUGUGCAGCACGAGUGCGACAAAUCACGGUACUUCGGAUUCGAAAGGAAGGUCAAUCGGGGACCGAAGAUAUCUUGGUACAUCGAGGCUUAUUGAGGCUCUGGAUGUCAGGAAUGACCAGUUAAACUUGGACCAAAGGCGAAGAAUGUGCCUCUCCGACGAUCCGUUACCACGACCAAUUCUCAAUAUAUGGGGAAUACCAUACUAUAGGAGUUGAAUACAGAGCACAAAAUAUAUCUGGCAGCACAGGAACACAGUUUGGAGAACAGGAACCGGCCUUUCAACGCGCUCCCCAUAUCCCUGGAUCUGGAGCAUUAUAAUCAAAUGGAACAAAAUAUGCAGCAAUCUCCGAAUGUUGUGACUAUGUUGAAGAAUUGUAUCCCAGACCCGGGAGCGCAGAUAUCAGACAAUAUCGGUGGCUCCCAAGUAUUUGACAGUGGAGAUAAGAUACAGAACAUUACCACUCCCUCACAAACAACAGCUGCUGCCGUGACGGAGGCAAAGGGAAAUGGCCCCUUGGAAACCUUAGGGCAAAAUGGGAGUUUAGAAGACCCUGAGAUAACAGGAGGUCCAUCCGAACCAUCAGAUCUCCCCAGCGGGCUCAAACUAGCAGUUUUGGUUUGCUGCACCUGCAUGGCUAUCUUCGCACUAGCUCUUGACACAACGAUCAUUGCAACUGCCAUCCCUACGAUAACCCGCGAGUUAAAAUCUCUCAACGACAUAGGCUGGUAUGGAGCAGCAUACUUCCUCACGACGUGCGCCUUCCAGCUUCUCUGGGGUCGGUUCUAUACCUUCUUCAACCUGAAAUGGGCGUACAUUGGCGCUAUCAUAAUUUUUGAAACUGGAAACAUCGUGUCUGGCGCCGCGCCAACCUCCAUUGCUUUGAUAUUCGGCAGAGCAAUUGCUGGGAUUGGGUCAGCUGGUAUUUUUACGGGGAGUUACAUAAUUAUCGGAUUCAGCGUCCCGCCUCGACAUCGCCCGCGGUAUAUGGGGCUUCUGGGGAGUAUGUACGGAAUUGCCUCUGUUUGUGGCUCACUUAUAGGGGGAGCUUUGACGGACCAUGUCAGUUGGAGGUUUUGUUUUUAUAUAAAUAUUCCACUGGGAACAGUUAUCGGAGCCGGAGUCUUUUUCUUCUUUUACCCACCAAAUGCAAAUGCAGCCCUCCAAGCCCUGCCAACUUACGUCCGGCUCGCAAAGUUGGAUGGGGUUGGAACUACCAUUUUUGUUGCCUCGGUGGUGUGCCUCAUAACGGGCCUUCAAUGGGGUGGAACCAUUUAUCCCUGGAAAUCUCCCAGGAUCAUUGCGCUUCUCAUUCUAUUCGGGCUGACUCUCACUGCCUGGGUGUCUUACCAAUACUACAAAAACGAUAAUGCUACCGUACCCAGGCGGCUUAUCUCCCAGCGCUCCAUUGCCUUUGGAUCGCUUAGUUCCUUCUUGAUGGGCGGCGCCAUGUUCAGUGUUGUUUUCUAUGUUUCCGUCUACUUCCAAGCCGUCCGUGGAACGUCCGCUACAACCUCGGGAGUAUACUCACUCCCGAUUAUCCUAGGAUUAACGUUUGGAAUGCUCAUAGCGGGCCACUUUAAUAACUAUGUCGACCGAUUUCCCCCAUUCAUGAUUUUCUCAGCCGUUACCGCCUCUAUAGGCGCCGGCCUAAUCACAACGCUCACACCAAACACCCCACUAAGCCACUGGUGCGGCUACCUCGCAUUAUUUGGUAUUGGCCAAGGAAUCGGAUGGCAGCAGCCCCUUUUACUGGCCCAAGUUUUCCUCCAAGACUUCGAUGUGCCAACCGGGACGGCGCUGAUGUCAGGGGGCAAAGUGCUCGGUGGUGCGAUCCUUAUCUCGGUCUUAGCUUGCGUCUUCCACGCUUCUUUGGAACGGAGUCUACUGGAGUUACUUCCGGAUAUCAAUCCGAAUAUAAUUAUUAGGGCUGGGGCAGCAAAACUUAGGGACGUGGUGGGUGAAAUUGCGGGGGAUGAUUCCGCGAGGGCAACUGAAUUGCUGGGAUUGGUGGAAGAGUCUUAUAACAGGGCUUGUAGAAGGGUGUUUAUUGGGGCUUUGGUGGUUAGUAGCUUGGCUGUGAUUGCUUCUGCGGGAGUAGAAUGGAAAGAAAUGAGACCUGUAGAAAAGAAAGAUGUCGAAAAUGGGCAUGGUAUUAGGUUGCCGAAGCUGUGGAGGGGGACAACAAAAUCACGGGAUGGCUAGAGUAUGUACUGACCAAAUAAACAAGACAUAGUACGUUUCUGUAGGAGCUUAUAGCAAGUAUUAAUAUAUAAUGUCCCCC